AUGGACGGCGGCUCCGAGCGCCGGGUGAGCACCAUGGAGGAAGACGGAGAGGAGGGAGGCCUGGCCUCGCGUCCGUCCGACAUCGAGGCCGGCUCUGGUCCCCAGACUUCGGCUGAAACUGCGGAGCCGGGGCCAGAGCCGGAGCCGGGGCCGGAGCCGGGGCCAGAGCCGGAGCCGGGGCCGGAGACGGAGGAAGAGAAGGCGAAGGAUGAGGAGAAGCAGGCCGAAGAGGAGGCCGAGGCUUCGGAGCAAGGUGCCGCCGCGGACGAGCAGGCCGAAGCCCCGGAAGGGCCGGAGAUCACCGAGGCCCUAGGUGAGGGGGAGCCCCGGGGGCCGGGCAGGCUGUCCGUGGCCAAGCGGGUAUCGGAUGCCCGGCCCGGGGAACCCGAGGAGGCCGAGGAGGCCGAGAAGGAGGACGAAGAGGAGAAAGAGGAGGAGGAGGAAGAAGGAGAGGAAGAGGACGAGGAGACGCGGGAGAAGGACAGGAGAGCCCCGUCCCGGGCCUCCGUGAGGCUGUCCACGGUCAGCGAGGCAGCCGCAGCCCCGCCGGCCGAGAGGGACAUCCCGGAGGAGCAGGCGGAGGCGGCGGGCGAGGAGGACGAGCAGGAGGAGAGGAAGGGGCCGGAGGCGCCGCAGCCGGGCAGCAGGGAGGCGCGGAAGCGCAGCAGCCAGCCGGCCGAGCCGCCCGACUACCACUACGAGGACUACGAGUGGUCGGCGGAGGUGCAGCAGCUGCAGGAGCGCCAGCUGCGCAGCGAGCUGCUGGAGCAGUACCACACGCUGCUGGUGGAGCGCGGCCGCUACCAGCGCUACAACAUGUACCUGCAGCACAAGAUCGUGGAGGCGCUGCGCAAGAAGAAGGGGCUGGACGCGGCCGAGGCGCCCGAGCGGGCCGCGGCCCAGGCGGCCGAGGCGGCCGAGAAGGAGCAGGCGUACCUGCGACACCUGGCCGUGCUGGAGGAGCUGCGCAAGCAGGAGGCGGACGACCUGGAGUGGUACCACCAGGAGCUGGAGCAGCUGAAGCUGCAGGGCCAGGAGAAGCUGGCCCGCGUGGACAAGGAGUGGCGUCGCUUCCAGGCGCUCAAAAAGCAGGUGGUGCUGCAGGCCAUGGGCAGCUGGCGCCUGCGGGGCGGGCGCCAGGCAGCGCUGCGGGAGGUGGAGCAGAUCCAGGCGCUGGAGGAGCGCAAGGAGCGGGAGAUGAGCGCUGUGCGCCUGGAGAACGUGCAGCUGCGCCAGAGCCUGCUGCACUUCGAGACACGCAUGCGCGCCCAGGAGAGCCUGGCCGAGGGCCUGCUGCUCAUCGACUUCGAGCAGCUCAAGAUCGAGAACCAGACCUUCAACGAGAAGGUGGAGGAGCGCAACGAGGAGCUGCUGAAGCUGCAGCACAAGGUGACCCAGCACGUGCAGGUGCUCAGCCACGUGAAGGAGAAGCUGCACUUCACUGACGCCGAGAACGCCUGCAAGAAGGCGCAGCUGCUGGAGCUCGAGGCACAGGUGGCCCAGGGCAGGGACCUCCUGACCAAGACCAAGCAGGCCCGUGACAGCCUGCGGGUGGACAACGUCAAGCUGAACCAGAGGUGCGGCCUGCUGGGCAAGGACGCGUUGCUGCGGGACUUGGAGGACAAGGUGGACAGGACGGCGGCCCUCACACAGCGCCUGGAGGCACUCAAGCGUCACCACGCGGGGCUGCUCCUGUCCUGCAAGGGCGUCAAGCAGAAGAUCCGGGAGGCCAGGGCCUUCCUCCCCUCCUGA